AUGGCUGCUGAACGUAUUGGCUCUAUCAUCAAGCACCUGGCCCCUGGGUCGGCGCUUAGCAACAUCCAGUCCAAGAACCCCGACGAUAUUGUCAUCACCCUUGCCGUGCGAACACCACUCACAAAGGCCAAGAAGGGUGGCUUCAAGGACACAACGCUUGAAUAUAUGCUUUAUGCUAUUCUGAAGGAAGUCCGAGAACGAUCUAACCUUGACCCUGCCCUUGUUGAGGAUAUCUGCGUCGGAAACGUCUCUGAUGCCAAGGCCGCCUACAAGGUCCGCGCCUCUGCUCUCGCCGCUGGCUUCCCCAACACCGCCGGUGCCUCCUCCAUCAACCGAUUCUGCUCCUCCGGUCUCAAGGCCACCGCCGAUAUCGCCCACUCCAUCUCCAAUGGCUCCAUCGAGGUCGGUAUCGCCAUGGGCGCCGAACAGAUGACCAUCGGUGGUGACGCGCUCGACAAGCCCUUCGACGAGGCCGUUACAUCAAAGAGCCAGGAGGCUGCCGACUGUAUGCAGCCCAUGGGUUGGACAAGCGAGAACGUUAGCAAUGACUUUAACGUUACCCGUGAGAUGAUGGACAAGUUUGCCGCUGGUAGUUUCCAGAAGGCCGAGGCUGCGCAAAAGGCUGGGUGGUUCGCAGAUGAGAUUGCGCCCAUUACCACAAAGGUCAAGGGCCCCGAUGGCCAAGAGAAGGAAGUCACUCUUACUCAAGAUGAGGGUAUCCGUCCAGGCACCACUGCUGAGAGCCUCGGCAAGAUUCGCGCUGCUUUCCCUCAAUGGGGUGGAGCCACAACUGGUGGUAACGCUAGUCAGAUCACUGACGGAGCUGCUGCCGUGUUGUUGAUGAAGCGAUCUACUGCCAUCAAGCUGGGUCAGCCUAUCAUGGCCAAGUACGUUGGAUCUACCGUUGCUGGCCUUGCCCCUCGCAUCAUGGGUAUUGGUCCCAGCAUCGCCAUCCCUAAGCUUCUCGCCCAGCACAACAUCUCCUUGGACGAUAUUGAUAUCGUUGAGAUCAACGAGGCCUUUGCUUCCAUGGCCGUUUACUGUCAAGACAAGCUUGGCCUCACAUCAGAAAAGCUCAACCCCCGUGGAGGAGCCAUUGCUCUGGGCCACCCCCUGGGUGCUACUGGUGCCAGACAGAUUGUGACAGGUCUGUCUGAGUGCAGACGGCAGAAGAAGAAGAUGCUUCUGACAAGCAUGUGUAUCGGCACAGGCCAGGGCAUGGCUGGUCUGUUCGUGAACGAGCAGGUCUAG